AUGCAUGGUACACAGUCAUCAGCGUCUCUUUUUCACUCUCUACCUGAAUUGGGUAAGUGUGGCAGAUUAAUGUCCUAUAAUGAUGACCUCUGGGUUUUACCUUCGUCCAGUGGAAGUUGCAGGAUCAAUGAAAGUGCAUCUAUAUUCUCAGAGAAAAAUGAGAGGGUGACAUCACUCAAGUCUACAAGUUCUUCAACAAAGGUGAGGUCAUCAAAAACAAGUGAACAUGUGCCGCUGCUUUAUCCUGAUGUUUCUCUUUGUGUUGAGGUUUACCACAACAGACGAACAUCAGCAAAGACUCAAGAAUUCUUGGUUCUUGGACGGCAAUUCUUGACUGAAUUGAGAGACAAGAUAUAUUGCUUGACAGAUGAGGUUAUGAAAAAAGCAGGGCAGCAUGAUUCUUCUGGUUACUUCCUCAUUGAAGAUCUUUUUUGCAAUGAUUUGAGGGAGGCCUCUGCUAUAGACUACAGUGAGCCCAUACUUAAUUGGCUCAAAAAUUCUAAAAAUGAAGCACUUGAAAAAUGGGAAUGCAUCGUAUCUGGUGAACUACAACAGAAGCAAAAGUCAAUUUUAGGCAGCGACACUGAACCACAGUUGCCUAAAUUUAAAGCUGUUGACAUGCACCAAAUGCGUUUUUGUGACCUAAAAUUUCGACUUGGUGCUGGAUAUCUUUAUUGUCACCAGGGGGAUUGCAAGCAUAUCAUCGUAAUAAGGGACAUGAGGUUGAUUCAUCCAGAGGAUGUACAGAAUCGGGCAGCUUACCCAUUAGUCACAUUUCAAGUAAAAUUACGUUUCCGGAAGUGCUCUGUUUGCAAGAUCUAUAGAGCGGAAAAAGUGACAAUAGAUGACAAGUGGGCCACAGAGCAUCCUUGUUAUUUCUGUGGUCUUUGCUAUUAUAUGCUCCACUAUGAAAAUGGCUCUCUGCUCUAUAAUGAUUUCUCUGUAUAUGAUUAUCACCAUGAAUAA